AUGGCACGUCGUCACAAAUUGCUUAAUGUGAAAAUUCUGGCUGAUCAUACAAGUGGUCUGGUUGAAGUAGCCUUUCAUACUACUCGUUUGAAUCGAGCAAAUAUGGAACAGCUACCUUUUCCUGAUGAAAAUUUUCAUGAAGAUAUCGAAGAACAAUUUCAAAGAAAUAAUAAAUUUACUCUUGAACAUAUCCAUCAUCAUAAUGGACGAGCAUUUGUUCCUAAAGUUCCUGUUCAUAUUAUAUCUAUUACGGUUGAAAAUUAUCAUGGAAAUUUUCGACAAUUACUUGAUCCAUAUUUAUACUGUGUAACAAUCGAGCAUGGUUCUGUUCAAUGGUCGAUUUAUAAAAGUGAUGAAAAUUUUCACGAUUUGCAUAAUGAAUUAAUGCAGUUCGCUAAUACAGAACGAGAAAAAUCUAUAAAUGCUUUACAACCAUGGCUUGCUAUAAAGGAUACAUAUGUAGUUUAUAUGCAACCUGAUACAUAUGAAAUACGUUUUCCAAUAUUACUUGAUUGUAAAUUUGAAGUGGCACACAGUCGUCAUCAUAUUGAUAAUUAUUAUAGAAUUAAGAUAAAAAAUUUACAAUGUAAAAUAGUUGUUAAAUGUCGAACAUCACAUGAAUGUGAAGAAUGGAUGCAAAAUUUCAAAAUGCUUAUUGAACAAGCAUAUGGUUUUAUUGACCGACAUGCAAAUCGUUUUAAUUCCUAUGCGCCUAUUCGAGAAAAUCAACGGGCUCAUUGGUUUAUCAAUGGUAAAUCAUAUAUGAAAGCUGUCGCUAGAGCACUUCUAACUGCAAAAGAAGAAGUUUUCAUAACCGAUUGGUGGUUGUCACCUGAAAUUAUGAUGAUACGGCCAACAGAAGACGAAACAUAUCGUCUGGAUAAUUUAUUAGCAACAGUGGCUGCAAAAGGAGUUCGUGUUUAUGUAAUGGUUUUUAAAGAGCUCAAACGAGUUUUACCUUUAAGUAGUCUAUAUACCAAGAAGAAACUACUGUCUAAAAAUAAAAAUGGAUUUAUUAAACGUAGUGAUCGUAUGAAAACAGCAUUAAAUGCUCUUAGUCAAAUCGAUGAAGAUACUGCGUCUCUUGACUCAUCUUCUACCAAUGAAACACAAACUUACAGGAAAUCACGAACACCUAAAUUGAAACAAUUAAUGUCAGCAGGUAAGACUAAAUCUGAUAUUGUAUUUAUAAAAGAAAGCCAAGACAGCGACGACUCUGAUAGUGACGAGAACCUCGAUGAACAACAAUCAGUAGCUAGUAUUGUGAUUUCUGACAAUGAUAGACGUCAUCUAUUAUUCAUUGGAAAAGAUUAUGCAAAUGAUUAUGAAAAAGGAUUUGAAAAAGCUGAAGAACCCUAUGAAGACAAUAUUAAUCGAAGACACUUACCUCGUAUGCCAUGGCACGAUGAAGCUCUGGUUGUAUUUGGUCAAGGAGCACGUGAUGUUGCAAGACAUUUUAUUCAACGAUGGAAUAUUCAUAAAUGCGAAAAACAUUUGAACAAUGAUGCAUAUCCAUUUCUUUUACCAAAGUCAUAUAGUGACAUCCAAGAUUUAACUGUGGAUAACUGGAGAGAAUUUCUGGAUGAUGAACCAUGUUGUGUUGAUACUCAAUGUGUACGUUCUACUUCAUUGUGGUCAUCGGGAAUAAAAUCAACUGAAAAAUCCAUUCAAAAUGCAUACAUACAAAUGAUUGGUGCUGCUAAACAUUAUAUAUACAUCGAAAAUCAAUUCUUUAUUACGAUUGCUGGGGAUAGACUGGUUAAAAAUGAAUUAGCUAAAGCUCUUUUUAUGCGUAUAAAACAAGCACAUGAAUCGAAAGAAAAAUUUCGUAUUUAUGUUGUGAUACCACUUUUUCCCGGUUUUGAUAGUCUCAAUGCUUUACAUGCUGUACUCUUUUUCAUAAUGCGUUCGAUUACUAAAGGUGGUAAUUCAUUAUUUUGUCGACUUGAAAAAGAAGGCAUUACACCAAGCGAUUAUAUUAGUUUUUUUGGCAUGCGUAAUCACAAUGUACUUAUGGGUCGUUUAGUCACGGAAAUAAUAUAUGUUCAUUCGAAAUUAAUGAUUAUUGAUGAUUCUAUGGCAAUAUGCGGUAGUGCAAAUAUAAAUGAUCGUUCAUUACUAGGUGAACGCGAUAGUGAAUUUUGUAUUGUAAUAAAGGAUCGUGAAAAAGUUGAUGGUCGAUUCAAUGGAAAACCAGUUCGUGUAGGAAAAUUUUGUUCGAGUUGGCGCAAAAAGAUUUUUGAGAUGCUGUUAGGUAUUCAGUUUGAAAAUCCAAAUAAUAUUGAUGUAACUGAUCCAGUAUCCGAUGAAUUUUAUACCUAUUUUCGACAAACAGCACGAAAGAACACAGAAAUUUAUGAAAAAGUGUUUGGUACAAUACCAACGAAUCAAGUUCGAACAUUUGCUCAAAGUUCAAGGUACAGUGACGCAAAAUAUAUAAGAGAUAUAGAUCCAUUACGAGCGCAAGAAGAAUUGAAAACUAUCCAAGGUUUUGUUGUUGAAUAUCCAAUUUAUUUUCUUCAUGAUGAAAACUAUUUACCUAAAAAGGGAUCUCGCGAAGGAAUAGUUCCAUUGGUAACAUGGACGUAA